AUGGGUUCCCAGUGUGAUGCUGUGGCCAAAAAGGCUACUGCAAUCCGUGAAUAUAUAAACAGAGGAAUCUCAACCCCAGACAAUGGUGACCACGAACUGAAAAUCAUCCUUCUUGGUAAAACUGGAGCUGGGAAAAGUGCAACAGGGAACACCAUCCUGGGCCAGAAAGUAUUUGACUCCAAACUCAGUGUGAGGCCAGUAACUGAGAAAUGUGUUAAAGGGAGCAGGAGCUGGAAUGGGAGGGAGGUGGUGGUUAUCGAUACUUCUGCCAUUUUGGACACAAAGGUACCUGACAAAGAAACCUCCCAGGAGAUCUGUCGCUGUGUUGUGCUCUCCUCUCCAGGCCCCCACACCCUGGUGCUGGUGACCCAGCUGGGCCGUUACACUGAGGAAGACAAGGACGCUGUGCGGCGAGUGCAAGAGAUUUUUGGAGAUAAGGUAAUGAAAUAUGUCAUUACCUUAUUCACCCGAAAGGAAGAUUUAGGGGAUGGCUCAUUGAGUGACUAUGUAACACAUUCAGAUAAUCGAGAUCUUCAAAGGCUGAUUGAUGAGUGUGGGAACCGAUACUGCGCUUUCAACAACAAAGCAACAGGAGCAGAACAGGAUGCCCAGGUUGAAGAGCUGAUGGGACUGAUGGAGAGAAUGGUACAGGAGAAUGAGGCCGAUAUACAAAUGAGUCUUACCAAUAUGUUGAGAAGAUGCUCCAAUUCAAAAUGGAUGAGUUACAGAAAAUGUACAGAGAAGAGAUGGAAAGAAAGAGAGAAGAAAUAA